UGGUAUCAAGCCCAGGCCAGCCCAGGCCAGCGCAGGCCAGCGAGCCGUGCCGCCCCCCUGCUCACCCAGCCCUCUCUUUCUCACUCAGCCUCUUCGUCUACAAGAUGCUUUCCCUAGAUCAGCUGUGCCCAGAACUGGCCCGCCCUGUGGCCUCCAAGGACCCAGAAGAAGAAGGGGAUGGGGAGCAGCAUGGAAGCCCAGAGCUGCCCCCAACAGGACCCCUCUUGGGCUCCUGGCACCAGGAUGUGAACCUGACUUGUAAGAGCUCCCCCGAAGAGGGCACUGCCCGGGCUUGGACGACCUUCUACUACAACAUGUUACAAAGCUGCCUGCAGCAGGCAGGCCUGCCUGAGACUGUGGACCGUAGCCUAGAGCCUCACCCAGGCUGCCCAGGGGUGGAGGUGACCAUGUGUGUUCUGGGCUCCCCGAGUUCCUUCUUCUCUGUGCUGCUGGAGGGGGGUGCCCAGAGCCCAGGAAACAUGCUGUUGUGUCUGUCUCCAUCCUGGCUGACCAAAGUGCCCAUGGCUGGAAAACCAGGGGAAUCAGCCCUGCUGGUCUCCAAGGCUGUGACAUUCCAUCCAGGGGGCCUUACCUUCCUGGAGGAGUUUGCCCCACCACGGCGGGUCACCUACUUCCUAGGGGAGUUGGGACCAAGGGCUGGCCGAGGCCGGGAGGUGGCAGAGCUGAGCAGAGACCUGGGCUGCCCCACAGGGAGCUCAGCAGAGCUAGCCCGCCUUCUGGAGGACCGACUACUUACCAGGCAGCUUCUGGCCCAGGGGGACAAGGUGUCUGUGCCUGCCACUCUGGCCUUGACAUACAAGCCCCCCCAGCAGCUGCAGGUCCAGGCUUGGACCCAGAGCCUGCGGCAGGUGGAGCUCAGUGACAAGGAGGGGCAGGAGGGGCUGGUGGAAGAGGAAGUGGAGGCCUUUCUCCACCUUGGAGCCCUGGGAGAUGCCCACCAGGUGGCAGUAAAGCCUUCGGGCUGGCGCUGGCGUGGGUCCCAGGCCAUGAGCCUGCAUCCAAGGUCAGAAGCGGGGGCAGUGGUCCGAGCAGUGCUGGCCCUGUUGGAGAAGCUGGAGGAAGAGGAGAGUGUCCUGGUGGAGGCUGUGUGUCCUCCAGCCCGGACCCUGCAUCCUGACGAUCCCGGGAGCCUCACUCCCCAACCAGAGCUGGCCAUUCGAGCCUGUGUUGUGGUAUGCAGAACUCAGGGUGAUCGGCCUCUGAUGAGCCAGAUGGUGUGCAGCGUGGGCCGUCCGGAGCAACCCCUGCGGCACCAGGUCGCCCUGACGCAGAGCCUGGACACUGCUCUGGCCGCAUGCGGGUUGAGGGAGCCGUCCACUGUGGAAGCGCUGCGGCGCCGCGUGCGGGAGGCGGCUGAAGGGGCUCUGGGGGCAGUGCUGGAGUUUGAGGCCUCGCUCAGCCCUGAGCAGCGGGGUGGGCGCCAGGCUCAGACAGACGUGCUCGGUGUGGACUUGGCGCUGACUCCCGUAGGCCCCGGGGGCUCACUGAGCCCUGUGCUCCUGGAGCUCAACAGCUGUCUGUGCCUGGAGGCCUGCGGGCUCCUGGAGGGACAAUGGGCUCGGCGGGGCCUGCGUUCCCAGUGGGCUGCCGCGGGGCCCUUGGUGGAGACCAUGCUUCGGCGCUCGGCGCGCCACCUCAUGGAGGGCAAGCACCUGCUGGUGGUGGGUGCCGGCGGCUUCAGCAAGAAGUUCGUGUGGGAGGCGGCCCGGGAGUACGGGCUCAAGCUGCACCUGGUGGAGUCGGAUCCCAACCAUUUUGCCUCUCAACUGGUCCAGACCUUCAUCCACUUUGACGUGACCCAGCACCGUCGGGAUGAAGAGAAUGCCCGCCACCUGGCAGAUCUGGUUCGGGCCCGCGGCCUGCAGCUGGAUGGCUGCCUCUCUUACUGGGACGACUGCCUGGUGCUGACAGCCUUGCUCUGCAAGGAGCUGGGCCUCCGGGGCUGCCCCGCAGCUGCCAUGAGCCUGGCAAAGCAGAAGAGCCAGACGCAGUCUCACCUGCUGCGCUUCCGCAGCCCGCGCUGGCCCGCCCCUUCCCUCUAUGCGGUGCCCUGCUGCCCGUUGGAGGUCCCCGAGGAUGUGGAGCGUGCUGCUCGGCUGGUGCCCCUUCCCGGAGUCAUGAAGCUGGAGUUCGGAGCGGGGGCGGUGGGUGUGCGGCUGGUCGAGGAUGCCUCUCAGUGUCGGGCCCACUUUGCUAAGAUCUCCCAGGACCUACAGGGGGAGGCUGACCACCCGGGCAUCGGGCUGGGCUGGGGCAAUGCCAUGUUACUGAUGGAGUUCGUUGCAGGCACAGAGCACGAUGUAGACGUGGUGAUAUUUUCCGGGAGGCUGUUGGGAGCUUUCGUCUCCGACAAUGGCCCCACCCGCCUCCCGGGCUUCACGGAGACCGCAGCCUGCAUGCCCACGGGACUGGCGCCGGAGCGGGAAGCCCAGCUGAUCCAGGCUGCCUACCAGUGCUGCCUGGGCUGUGGGCUGCUGGACGGCGUCUUCAACGUUGAGAUGAAGCUGACCGCUUCGGGGCCUCGGCUGAUCGAGAUCAAUCCCCGCAUGGGUGGCUUCUACCUGCGCGACUGGAUCCAGGAGUUGUAUGGGGUCGACCUGCUGCUGGCGGCCGCCAUGGUGGCCUGUGGCAUCCCGCCCGCCCUGCCUGCCCAGCCCAGAGCCCGGGCCUACUUGGUGGGGGUCAUGUGUGUGGUAUCCCAGCACCUGCAGGCGCUGAGCUCCACGGCCAGCCGGGAGGCUCUCCAGGCCCUGCACGAGCGGGGCCUCAUCCGCCUCAACCUGCUGGAGGAGGAGCUGGUACCUGGAGAGUACGAGGAGCCUUACUGCAGUAUAGCCUGCGCGGGCAGCAGCCCCACUGAGGCCCGACAGCGCCUGCUAGGGCUCUGCCAGGGCCUGGGCAUCGACUCCCCAAACUAUCCCGUAGCCCAUUUCUUGUCUCAUUUCAAAUAGCAGUAGGGGCAGGGGGAGGGGCCCUAGGGCAAGGCCGUCGUUAGCUGGGAAGGAAGACAGGGUGGAGUCCCAGGUUGGGCAGUCCCAGACCCGAGAGGAAGGGUGUGGGGCCCCAGGAAAUCUAUCAGUCCUGGGAAGGAGGUGGGGCUCUCCAAAGGGUCUGGCAUUGGCUGUGAAGGGCAGGGGUGGGGCCCCCGGAGAAUCUGUCGAAGAAAAAGUAGGCAGCGCUCCAAGAAAGGAUAUUGAGGGUCGGGAAGCCCGAGGCGCUGCGAUGAAGAACGAGGGCGAAGGGAGAGAAUUGCGCUCCUUCCUAUGUUUAGCUUGGCGCGGAUAAGUAGAGUGGUCCGUGGCCAAGCUGAACCCUAUCUUUGCCUUCUAGAUGAAAGUUUGGAAGGCAGCUUCCAGAUCCAUCCCCCACCCCUCCUAUUUCCCCCUCAAGGGCUCUACCAGGGGAUCUGCCCAAGAUCCCGGGGAUCUAAGAGGCAGGCCUUGAACCCAGACCUCCUUACUACAUCCAUCCACGGUCUCCCAGCAGCCUCUUGGUCUGGCCCGCCCCCUCACCCACUGCACCAUCAACAUACUCCACCUUUCAGGUCCUCUAGGCCCUUCCUUCCCGCCCCCCCGCGCCCCCCCCCCGACCCAGAAUCUUUCCUGGGGCCUGAGGCGCACAAUGGGAGGCAAUGUCGGCCUGUCCAACCUGAGGCGGCUUUUUCCUCUUUCCUCCCCGCUGGCUGGAAUGAAUGCCCCCUCACAACCCGAAGACCAGAUCAGACGUCACUCUUCUCCCCUCCUCCUCUCCCUCCCAUUCUCCAAAACAGCAGUGAUCUAGGACAGCCUUCUGCAUCUACAAUUCUAACUGGGCCCCGGGAGGGAUGGUGGACAGGAAUCGUUCCUUUCAUGCGACAUUGCCCUUCCCCUAGCAGAGAUGGACCUCUAACAGAGGGGAACCUGGGCAGAGGGUGGCAAUGGCCCCCUAGUCACUGGCUGUGCUUGGGAGAAACCCCACAGCUGUCAGUGGCUAAACUCAGAAACCCAGAGUUGCUUCCUUCUUCCCUUAGCCAGACCUCAGCCUCUGUGUCAACAAGUCUGGGAGUAGGUACUCUUGGGGGACCUGCCUGAUUUAGCCAGCCUAGAAAUCUAUAGCUUUAGGAGCACUAACUAGCCUCUCCCACAGUCUGUCUGCCCUUAGGUCAGGUGUUCCAUCUUUUUAAAAGUCUUAUUUUCAAGCCUAGUGUUAAUGACUUGGCUGCCCACUGGGACCAUCUCAGCUCCUAGGGGUCCCCCUUCCCACUAAAAACCGGCUUAUGGCUGUUGAGACCCAGAGGCCCUACUACUUCUACCAACCCGUUCUAGUCCACGGGUCGCUCUAAGAGAGCCCAAAGUCCUCCGCUCGAAGUACGGUCCAAGCAACCCCCUCGCUAGACAAGGAGACUCAGAGGGGAAGGGGCUAGCCCAGGUCUCAGGCUGGGCACAGAGGAGCUCCGUUGGACUCAGCCGGAAUAGACCCCGCAGAGCAUCUAAUCCAACCCUCUCAUUUUGCAGAUGGGGAAACUGAGGUCCAGAGAAGGACAGGGCAAAGCUAACUAGGGACGUAGCUGGGACUGCUAGCUCAGGACUCUGCCCUCUCCCCUUCCCUGGAGUGACCCUCCCUGGGCUCAUCGAAGUCCCCACCACACUGGAGGGCACUGCUUGCUGCCUGCCCCUCUAGUCCUAGGUUCGCAGAAAAUUCGGAGGCGCCCCUUUAAGCAAUCGUCUCCUCUGGACUUGUCUCCAUGACGUCACCCCUUCCUUGGCAACACUCCCAGCAGAGAAGUCACCUAGGGAGCACACAAGCGGGCCAGGGACCGGGCCGGCCACUGCGCCUGCGCCACCGUGUUUGUUUUUGUUUUUUAAAUUCUCUCGCUGUAACACUCGGAGAAAAGUGCCUGGUAAAUAAAGUCGCUGUGAAGGUC